UUCUACUUCCACAUUCUGAUGUUUGUUUUAAUUUUUUUUUAUUUUUUUUUUUUUUUUUUUUUGAGAAAAAUGUUUGUUUUAAAUCUUGUGAAAGUGCUAGAUAAAUAUCCCACUACUAGGGUUAUGUUAGGCUUAUCUAAGUUUCUAGCAUAAGCAAAGUGUUCACUGCAUGACUGGAUCCUUAUUGGGUUUACAGUCUAUUAUUGUAUCAGAAGCAUCACAGAUUCACAGUUUUCUGUUUCUGAAUUCUUGCUGUGCCUCGAUGGUCAAAUCUUUAAUUUCUCUCAUAUCAGAGAUAUUAGAAUUGGAAAAUAUAAAUACUUUCCAUAAAUAUUAAGAUUUAUAUCCUGUCUAAGAAGUAUAUGAUAUAUGUUAGAUUUCUAAUAGGUUUAGGAAAGUAUAGGCCUUAAGCUAUAGUACAGUUUGUAACCUAUGCUCCUAAUCCUAUAAAUAUUAUUAGCAAGAGAUAUUAUUUCAUAUUUUCAUCAAAAACACUUAAGAGAAAAAUAAAAAAAAACUCGGCCGUUUUUCCCUUCUCCCACAGCGACCCCCCUAUUUCUCCCUCAAUCAUGCCUUCUACCAAUUUGCUCCUUGAAGAGCCUAUCAGGAUGGCAUCAAUUCUCAAGCCAUCAAAAUCUUCGUUUUUACCUGCAUUGACGAAGAUUGUAGGAACUCUUGGUCCUCGAUCCGAAUCUGUUGAAGUUAUCUCCAGUUUGCUAAAGGCUGGGAUAUCAGUGGCAAGAUUUGAUUUUUCAUGGGGAGACGCGGAUACUCAUCGUAAGACUCUUGAGAAUUUAAAGGCCGCUGCUAAGACUACUAACAAACUCUGUGCUGUCAUGCUUGAGACAGUUGGGCCUGAGUUGCAAAUUGUUAACAAGACUGGGAAAGAAAUCUCUCUUGAGGAAAACAAUGUUGUUACACUUACGCCUGAUCUUGGAACAGAUGCUUCCUCGGAACUGUUGCCCAUCAAUUUCAAUGGACUCGCAAAGGCGGUGAAGAAGGGAGAUAUGAUCUUUAUUGGUAAAUAUUUGUUCAAUGGAAGCGAAACUACAUCUGUUUGGCUGCAGGUAUCUUAUUUGAAAGGGGAUGAUGUGAUCUGUGUGAUCAAUAAUUCUGCAACAUUGGGUGGUACGCUCUUUACUCUGCAUGCUUCGCAAGUUCGUAUUGAUAUGCCCACUUUGUCAGAGAAGGACAAGGAGGUUAUAAGAACUUGGGGUGUCCAAAACAAGAUCGACUUUCUUUCACUGUCAUAUACUCGUCAUGCAGAAGAUGUUCGCCAAGCACGGGAUCUGUUAUUGAGUUUAGGCGAUCUUAGUCAGACUCAGAUAUAUGCCAAGAUUGAUAAUGUAGAGGGUUUGACACAUUUUGAUGAAAUACUACAAGAAGCAGAUGGAAUUAUUCUUUCCCGUGGUAACUUGGGCAUAGAUCUUCCACCUCAUAAGGUUUUCUUGUUUCAGAAAGCUGCUAUACACAAAUGCAAUAUGGCUGGGAAGCCUGCAGUUGUUACUAGUGUCGUUGAUAGCAUGACCAAUAAUCUCAGACCUACACGUGCUGAGGCAACUGAUGUUGCUAAUGCUGUAUUAGAUGGUAGUGAUGCAAUUCUUCUUGGAGCUGAGACACACCGAGGAUUAUAUCCUGUUGUUGCUGUUAGAACUGUUGACAGGAUUUGUUUUGAGGCUGAAAAGGUUUUCAAUCAAGAACAAUACUUUAAAAAAGCUCUUAAGUAUGCAGGAGAGACAAUGUCUCAUCUUGAAUCUAUCAGUUGUUCUACAGUGAGUGCUGCCAUCAAGGCAAAGGCGUCUGUGAUCAUCUGCUUCACUUCUUCUGAGAAGGCUGCAAGGUUGCUUGCAAAAUAUCGCCCACCAAUGCCAAUUCUCUCUGUUGUUAUCCCUCGUCUUAAGACCAAACAGCUAAAAUGGAGUAUUAGUGGUCUCUUUGAAGCAAGGCAGUCAUUGAUAGUUAGAGGCCUUUUCCCCAUGCUUGCUGAUCCUGGACACCCAGCUGACUCAACAAGUGCGACAAAUGAAACUAUCUUGAAGGCUGCAAUAGAACAUGGGAAGGCACUGGGAAUCAUCAAAUCACAUGAUCAAGUUGUCAUAUGCCAAAAGCUUGGUGAUUCAUGCGUGGUUAAGAUCAUCGAGUUGGAGGAAUAGACCUUAUACUGCUGCUGAAAAUACUUGUUGCUAGAUAACAUUCAUUAAAUUUCAUAAUCUACUCCAAGUCGAUCAAGAAAUCUGGUUGUAGUUAGCAACUUAGCAUAGUUCUAAGCUAAAAUAGUUUGUUGCUAGAUAACACUCAUUAAAUUUCAUAAUAUAAGCUAAAAUAGAUUGUUGUUAGAGCACAUUAAAUGACAUAAUCCAUUUUUCAGUAUUUCCUAAACACAAUAUCAUGCUAUAAUAUUUAUUGUGCCUUAGUUCCUCCUCAAGCCUCAGCAACACCAGGACAAAAGUCAUACCAAGCAGUGAUGAUGGCGGUGGUUUUUUUAACUUUUCUUGACCAGCCUAUACUGCAGAAGCCUUUAGUUUAUUUAAGCCUUCUUGCUGUCCAUCAGCUUGAACUUAUAUUUUGCUUUCGAAUUUUUAGUAUUAUUAUCAGUGAUAUAAAUGACAAUUGUUGCUCAAAUUAGCUACUCGCAAAUUGCAGUCAGUCAAUCUUACGUUGUUAUUGACAAAAGUCACAAACUGAACGAGCUUAUAUCACAGGUUCACAAUAUACAUCUGAUGCAGAAUGCUCAGAAAAUAUCUGUUUCUACGUGAUUAUUUCAUAUAUGCAUACUUAUGUAGCAUCAUUGAUUGUGUGAAUGCCUUGUUGUGAUCUUAGCUUUAUAGAUAAGAAUCUGGUUCGAGUUA